AUGUAUAGCAGGAACCCUACUGCAGAAAAUAAAGAUAGUUUAGUUUGUAGUAGCCGACAGUAUAAAAAAGAAAUUAAGAAAAAGUUUAGAGCAUAUCAGAAAAGCAUUGUUUAUAAGAUUAAAGGUUUAAAAAAUAAAGAUCCUAGAUCUUAUUGGAGUCUAUUGAACAAAUAUUCAGGUGAUCGGAAGGAAGUUAUUAACAAAGUAACAACUGAGGCUUUUUUUGAUCAUUUUAGUAAAUUGAAUGAGGUUGAUACUCAAGGUGACAUUGAUGACUUUGAUAUAGCUAAUGUCUCGUCAAAUAACUCUGAUUUAGAUAAACCAUUUACUGUAUUAGAAAUACGUAAAGCUAUUAUUUCACUGAAAAACAAUAAAGCAUCAUCUUCCUUUGAUCAUGUAUUGAAUGAAUAUCUGAAGAAUGUACCCGACAGCAUGUUUGAUGUGUUUUGCUAUUUGUUUAAUAUUAUUUUAGAGUCUGGAAUUUUUCCUGAAGUUUGGAGUAAAGGGAUUAUUUUACCAAUACACAAAAAGAAGGGUAACAUAGACGAUCCUGAUAAUUAUAGGGAAAUUACUAUACUUAGUUGUUUUGGGAAACUUUUCACAAAUGUUCUUAACUCUAGACUCAAUAAUUUUUUAGAAAGUAAUAAUAUUCUCUAUGAAGAAAAAGCUGGAUUUAGGAAAAAGAUGAAGAUGAUGAAUAGUGUUACGGUAUUGAUUUCUCUUGGGUUAUGUUUACAGACACAUAUCAUAAUAUCUCAAAAUGUUAAAACCAGUUGUGAUUGCCUGCUCUCUAUUUCAACUUCACAAUCUUCUACAGUAACAACUAGAACAGCUAAACCAAGUUCGCUUACGCAAAAUACAUCAACAACCGUAACAAAAACAACAAUGACUAACAACCCCUCGCCUAAAAAAUCAGUAUCAGUAACUGGCCCUCCGACGCAAAGUGCAUCGCCACACGUACCAGUAUCAACAGCAGGCACUGUCUCUCUGACGCAAAGUUCAUCAGCACACGGUUCAGUAUCAACAGCAGACACUGUCUCUCUGACGCAAAGUUCAUCAACACGCGGUUCAGUAUCAACAGCAGGCACUGUCUCUCUGACGCAAAGUUCAUCAACACACGGUUCAGUAUCAACAGCAGACACUGUCUCUCUGACGCAAAGUUCAUCAACACACGGUUCAGUAUCAACAGCAGACACUGUCUCUCUGACGCAAAGUUCAUCAACACACGGUUCAGUAUCAACAGCAGGCACUGUCUCUCUGACGCAAAGUUCAUCAACACACGGUUCAGUAUCAACAGCAAACACUGUCUCUCUGACGCAAAGUUCAUCAACACACGGUUCAGCAUCAACAACCGUAACAAAAACAACAAUGACUAACAAACCCUCGACUAAAAAAUCAGUAUCAGUAACUGGCCCUCCGACGCAAAGUGCAUCGCCACACGUACCAGUAUCAACAGCAGGCACUGUCUCUCUGACGCAAAGUUCAUCAACACACGGUUCAGUAUCAACAGCAGACACUGUCUCUCUGACGCAAAGUUCAUCAACACACGGUUCAGCAUCAACAGCAGGCACUGUCUAUCUGACCCAAAGUUCAUCAACACACGGUUCAGUAUCAACAGCAGACACUGUCUCUCGGACGCAAAGUUCAUCAACACACGGUUCAGCAUCAACAGCAGGCACUGUAUAUCUGACCCAAAGAUCAUCAACACACGGUUCAGUAUCAACAGCAGACACCGUCUCUCUGACGCAAAGUUCAUCAAAACACGCACCAGUAUCAACCAAAGGUCAAGUCUCUUUGACGCAAAGUGAAUCAACACUCGUACCAGCAUCAAAGACAAAUCCUGGCUCUCUGACAGAAAGUCCAUCAACAUCAAAGGCCUCAGCUUCAUCAAUAGCCGAGACAACGAAUAAGAGAACUCAAACAGUAUUGUUGUCAAGUACUGCAGGCACUGUCUCUCUGACGCAAAGUUCAUCAACACACGGUCCAGUAUCAACAGCAGGCACUGGCUCUCUGACGCAAAGUUCAUCAACACACGGUUCAGCAUCAACAACCGUAACAAAAACAACAAUGACUAACAAACCCUCGACUAAAAAAUCAGUAUCAGUAACUGGCCCUCCGACGCAAAGUGCAUCGCCACACGUACCAUUAUCAACAGCAGGCACUAUCUCUCUUACGCAAAGUUCAUCAACACACGGUUCAGUAUCAACAGCAAACACUGUCUCUCUGACGCAAAGUUCAUCAACACACGGUUCAGCAUCAACAGCAGGCACUGUCUCUCUGACGCAAAGUUCAUCAACACACGGCUCAGUAUCAACAGCAGGCACUGUCUCUCUGACGCAAAGUUCAUCAACACACGGUUCAGUAUCAACAUUAGGCACUGGCUCUUUGACGCAGCAGAGAAACCCUGGCUCUCCGACAGAAAGUCCAUCAACAUCACAUUCCUCAGCUUCAUCAAAAGCCGUGACAACGAAUAAGAAAACUCAAACUGUAUUGUUGCCAAGUUCAACAGUUACAACACAUGUAUUAGCGGAUAACCCAAACUCACAAAAGUAUGCCACAACAUCAGAAUUGAUAAGGAACAAGUCUAGAAAGCGACGUGAUUUAGAACCUCGUGUUCAGACAAUGAAAGGGGUUCUUGGACCAAAUGGAACAUGCAUUUGUAAUUCCACUUUUGUAACGUCGCAAUAUCGUGAAUCAACAAAAGAGACCAAUGAAGGUAAUAAGCAUUUAACAGGAUAUUACUCUAUAUUAUAGUGCUAUUGAAGAG